GUUACAUUUAUGGGAUUUUUUGUAAAUGGCGGAAGUCGCAAAACAAAAGUGCUGACAGCUGGAUAAGGGGAGGUUCGCUGCAUAAAAAAUCAAGUUAACAAUGAAAUGGCAGCUGAUUUUGUAUUUAAAAUAAUUAUUGUUGGUGAACCUGGGGUUGGAAAAUCAUGUUUAUUACGAAGAUUUGCAGACCAAUCGUUUACUGAGAACUACAUAAAUACUAUUGGUGUAGACUUUAAAGUGAGAACUGUUGAUAUACAAGGAAAGACUGUAAAAUUAAACAUCUGGGACAGUGCUGGCCAAGAAAGGUUUCGAACUAUAGUCAAUACCUAUUACCGAGGUGCUCAUGGCAUAUGUGUUGUUUAUGAUAUAACCGAUGUAGACUCUUUCGAAAAACUGGAUAGCUGGUUAAAAGACGUGUCUGAGCUUGCUGAACCGGAUGCUAAAAAACUCAUUGUAGGUACAAAAUUGGAUUUAGAAACAAAGAGAAAAGUAAAAGUGGAACAUGUAAAAGCAUACGCUGAUCUACGAAACGUACAAAAUAUUGAAACCAGUUCUAAGAGUGGAAGAAAUGUUGAAGCAGCAUUUUUUAAAAUGGCUGAAAUGCUUUUGGCAGAACUAGGAGAUAUAGGAUUAGUAACUGAUUCAGAUGUUGUUAAACUAGGAGGUAACACAACAAGCCUUGACCGUGAACAACGUAAGAAGAAGAAAUGUUGCUGAGUUGAAGAAAAACAAUAUCUUAAAAAAGGUGCUUUUCAAAGGAAUAGGAUGUGCUACUCAAGAGGGAGGGAUUUUUUUUGAAAAUCAUUUUUUCGUAAGGUUAACCUUUCGUAAACUGAAUGUUAACAGGCUGUAAUUUUUUUUUACUUUUAGUAAUCUUAGUAAUAAAAUUUCCCACAGAAUAAAUUUUCUGAAAGCACCUCAGAAUUUGGUAAUUCGCGAAAGUUUUCCCCCUAUAAAAUAUUUGUUUUUUAAAUAAAAUAUAGUAAUUUAGUAUUUCGUACAAAAUUUUGUUAUAGAAUCUUAUUUAAUUAUGUGGAAAAUUAUUAUUUUUAUAUGUAUAGCAUAUAUAUGUACAGAAAUUUAACUUUCUGGGGUAUGUAUUGCUGAAAAUAUGAAGUCGAAAUAUGUCGGUAGAUGAAACGGGGUGACUUUACUGUAAUGUUCCUAUUCACCUUUAUAUUUUCAAGUUUCCAUAAGUAUUUGAAAAUUUAAAACAAACUCGAGUUUUCUGAAAAUGUAAUAAAUGAGAAUGUUCCAGAUUCAAAAUGCACGUUUUUUAGCCUGGAACAUUUUCUAUCGUGUUUAAACAGCACUGAAGGAUUUCUUCAUGAGAAUACAAAAUAAAUUCAAUCAGCCUAAUAAUUUCAUUUGUUUUAGUUUUCUCUGUAAUGAAAGAAAAUAGCAAACUCGUCCCCAGGAGUUUUUGGCUUUAUGACAUUUACGUGGCGGCGUAGAAUGCUGACAAGUAAGCGUUAGCAAUUUUGAGAUCAGUGAACAAACCCUUAGGACGAGUGUGAAGCAAAUAGGGCCGAAUUAUUUAAUUUCGCACUAACUGUAAAAUCAACAAGGCAAAUUCUUUAAAUAUAUAUUUUUGUUUUAUAUAUAUAUUUCUUUUCUUCAGAUUUUUUUUCGAUUAAUUUUCAUUUAACUGGGCUGAAUAUACGGGUUUCCACUAAACAAGUUUUGUACUUAUCAUCAUCAUCAUCAUCGUCAUCAUCAUUCUCGGCUUAACGUCCGUUUUCCAUGCUAGCACGGGUUGGACGGGGUAUAUUAAUGGCCCUCUUCCAAUCUGAUCUAGACUUAAUCUUACAAAAUUUAUUAUAGGUACAGAUACAAUUCAAAACGAAGCGAAACCUAAAUUUUCAAUUUAAGCAAUCUGUGAACUAGCGACAACCUUCCACAUAAUUAGUGAGACAAAUCUCCACCUCCCCUGUUUUCAA